AGUGAGUGAGAGAGAGAGAGAGAGAGAGAGAGAGUGCUAACGACAACCGAAGCAGCAGGGCGAGCCACCCCUAGGUCUGCAGCGCUUCGGUUCCGUUAAUAACCUGAAAACAUUCAGCAACAGAUAGAAACCUCCCCUCUGCGCCAUACUGCCGCUCCGCUGCUCCACAGACCGGGCCGGACUGCGGGCUCCUGCAGGCUGCGGGCAGCGGCGCCUCGGUUCACGCCUCCCGCUAUUGUCUCACUGCGUGUCGGUUAAGCUGCUGCGGAGCGAGCGCUGUUUUUCUGCUUCACACCGGAAAAGCGAGCAGACCGCGGCAGCGUCCUGCCCCAGAGCUGCUGCUGCUCCUUCACACCGCUGCCUUCUCCCGGAGACUCACAGGAAGGGGAGCCUGGACCAGCCUGAAAACCCCCCAUUCUCACCGCUUCACCAUCUGGAAACCUAAAAUAACAACAGGACACAGGUCCUAGAUCUCUCCUGGUUCUGUUGGAUCUUACAGCUACAGCUCUGAUGGUGUUGCCUGAUCUGAUCGAAAAUUGAGAGAAUUUUCUCCUUCCCCCCACCCCUUCCUUUCCUCCUUUUACCUCAACAUGUCUACCGUACAGACUAUCUGGCCUCCAGGCACGGAGUGUGUGGCCAGAUACAACUUUCCCGGCACGACUGACCAGGACCUGCCCCUCUGUAAAGGAGAUGUCCUGACUAUAAUAGGGGUCACUAAGGAUCCAAACUGGUACAAAGCCAAAAACACAGUGGGACGAGAGGGAACCAUCCCAGCAAAUUAUGUUCAGAAACGGGAAGGGGUAAAGUCUGGUGGGAAGCUCAGUCUUAUGCCAUGGUUCCACGGGAAGAUAACUCGUGAACAGGCGGAGAGGCUGCUGUAUCCACCGGAGACGGGACUCUUUCUGGUGCGAGAGAGCACCAACUUCCCUGGAGAUUACACGCUCUGUGUUAGCUGCGACGGAAAGGUGGAGCACUACCGCAUCGUUUACCAAAACUGCAAACUCUCCAUCGAUGAGGAGGAGUUCUUUGAGAACCUCAUGCAGCUUGUGGAGCACUACACCAAAGAUGCAGAUGGGCUGUGCACCAGACUCAUCAAACCCAAACUCAUGGAGGGGACAGUGGCAGCGCAGGACGAGUUCUCACGAAGUGGGUGGGCACUGAACCGAAAAGAAUUGAAACUCCUUCAGGCCAUAGGGAAGGGGGAAUUUGGGGAUGUGAUGGUUGGUGAUUACAGAGGAACUAAAGUAGCUGUGAAGUGCAUCAAACAUGACGCCACUGCACAGGCCUUUGUCGCAGAGGCCUCCGUCAUGACGCAAAUGCGACACAACAACCUCGUACAACUAUUAGGAGUGAUCGUGGAGGAGAAGGGCAGUCUGUACAUCGUCACUGAGUACAUGGCCAAGGGCAGUCUGGUGGACUACCUGCGCUCCAGAGGACGCACUAUUAUCGGGGGAGAUUGUCUGCUUAAAUUUUCCAUGAAUGUGUGUGAAGCUAUGGAGUAUCUGGAGGCCAAUAACUUUGUCCACAGAGAUCUGGCUGCUCGUAAUGUUCUAGUUUCUGAGGACAAUAUUGCCAAAGUCAGCGAUUUUGGUUUAACCAAGGAGGCGUCGUCCACGCAGGACACAGCCAAGCUCCCAGUGAAAUGGACAGCUCCUGAAGCCCUGAGAGAAAAGCAGACAUUUUCCACAAAGUCUGAUGUUUGGAGCUAUGGCAUCUUGCUGUGGGAGAUCUACUCUUUUGGCCGUGUGCCAUAUCCCAGAAUUCCUCUGAAGGACGUGGUCCCACGAGUGGAGAAGGGCUACAAGAUGGACGCCCCAGACGGCUGCCCGCCCGCCGUCUACAACAUCAUGAAGCAGUGCUGGACUCUUGAUGUAAAUAUGCGACCCACCUUCAACGCACUGAGAGACAGUCUACAGGACAUCUGGACCAAGGAGCUCUACCUGUGAGAGCAGAAGACAGAUGGACAAAAACGCAGCGAGAGGGAGGAUGUAGAGGAGGGUGACAGAGCGGCUCCUUACCGGGACCAUUAACACAUCCUCCGACCAGCUCUCUGACUUCACACAGGAGACUUAAAACACAGAACAUUUAAUUAUGGCCAAAAUCUGUUAUUUUCCUUUUUCUCUUUAAUUUUAUUAGUAUUUUUGUAUUUUAUUUCGCUGUGCCUUCAUGAUUUAUUUUACAGAAUCAGAGAGGCUGGGCUUCUCUAAAGUAUUCGACUGUUUUGAUUUAAACAUCAUCAGUCUUUUCCAGAUCCUUCAUGAACUUCUUCAAUCACAGUCCCCCUGUCCAGGGUGUAUUUUCAUUCUCAAUUAGCCAUUCAAAAGUCAGUGCCAGUUUAGACGUUCCUAUUGGACAGUCCUCACUUUUACAGAUUUACAGACUGAAAAUCACUUUUUUUGGAUUAUUGAAUGUCUGACCUGAAGAGCAUUUACAGGCCUUAAAUACUUGUCGUUUGUUAGUGCACAAACAAACCUUAAACCUAAAUUGGUAUUGCAUAUUUAACUAAUGUUAUUAUUAAAACAUUAUAACAAAUAA